AAUGAGAAAAUGAUUUAAAUACAGAACUCUAAACUCACCAAUAUAGGCUAAAUAAUAGAACACUUUCUCCAAAUACAAAAGGAGUGGACAUUAUGAAUGUUAAUUAUUACACCAUAGAUUUCAUAAUUGUUCUUACUAUACACACUUUAUUGUUGUAAGAAAAGUAGUCUUUUUAUUCAUACAAAAGAGGGAAAUGUAGGGAACUGAUCUGGCACUGUUAUCUAUUCAAAUGCUAAAUACUGACCCCCAAGAUCUGGUUGCCUUUGGUGAGGAGAACCUCAGGUGUGAGGAGAUCUUCAUGAACACAAAAUGAUGCUAUGUAACCUUGCUUCCCAAGUUAAUUGAUUAAUAAAAGGCUAAAACCUGUGAUUGGGCAGUAGAUAGAGGUAGGUGCGUUUUCAGCUACCUGGCUUGGGGUCACAGGUAGGGAGAAAACGGAGAAGAAAGGACACACAGAGAAGAGGAGGCCACCAUGAGAGUGGAUGGACCACGAGCACAUGGCCAGGAGAAAUGGCAAAUAACAAGGGACAUAUGGCUGGGAUGUAAGUUAGAAUAACUCCAAACCUGCCCAAUCUAGGCUCACAGCUUGUUAAUAAAAUACAAGGAUUGUAUGUCUUUUGUACAGGCUAGCUUGAAUAUGUAAUUCCUUUUAUAGGCAAACAUAAGAAUUGCUUAGCAAUCUAGGACUCUGCUUGGCUUGGGCUAUGCACACAUACCACACUCCAAACAAUAUGCCUAUGCAAUCUGUAAGGAACCUAGGACCCCCAUUUGUAUUGAGCUAUGCACACAGCCAUCUCUAAAGAAUUGAGGGCUGGAGAGAUGGCUCAGUGGUUAAGAGCACCGACUGCUCUUCCGAAGGUUCUGAGUUCAAAUCCCAGCAACCACAUGGUGGCUCACAACCACCCAUAAUGAGAUCUGACUCCCUCUUCUGGUGCAUCUGAAGACAGCUGCAGUGUACUUAGAUACAAUAAUAAAUAAAUCUUAAAAAAAUAUUUUAAAAGAAUUGAAUAAGUUGUUCCACUCUUAACAACCAUUGAACUUGGACAGUUUCUAUUCAAAGAUGUUUCAACUACAUCUUGUAAGAGGAUAGUAAGAUUGAUAUAACCUGAAUUAAUUUUGGGUGCAUGGGUAACAAGAUGAAAGUAUGUACUCUGGGUGAACUUUUAGGGAGUAAACCCCUAUUUGCCAUCUUAUGCCUAUGUAUAAUUGGGUACACAUAUCAAAAAUCAGGUGCAUUAUGGAAAGAACGUGCACCGUAGGAAAGAGGUUAUUAUGCCCAGAUCCGAGGGUCCCCAAAGACCACUAGGAGUUGAACUCUAGUAUGCAAAGACAAAGAGUCUUUAUUCAAGCUCGAGCUUGGACCCUCAGGCCCCUCUGAUGAGCAAGGUAGCACAGAAGGCCCCAAGCAUCUAAGGUUCAGCCCUUUUAUUUCAGUUACAGCAGCAGGGUGAGUGGCUUAUCAGCUUGGCAGUUACAUGAUUGGUUAACAAUUAUUUCAGUUGGCUUAAAGAAUUUAUAUCUAUCUAUAACGUCUGGAACAUUAGGUAUUUUCCUGCUGGUGAACCAUGUUUAGGGUGGUUCCUUCCUGGAACAGUUUGUGGUUUUCUCAGUAAUUAGGGUUGAACCUGAGGAUAGGGCCUAGUGUAUAAUAAAAUGGAAGCCUGGUUACAAGAUGGAGUUUGUCUUGUCAAGUUGGGGCCCUUCAAGGUUACAUAACACUCUGUCAGUCUAGAUAAAGAAUCACCUAUGCAACCUUUAGCAACCAAAUUCCUCCUUCUCUUAAUUCCAUAAAAGGAAAUGCCAGACAGUCCUUGGGGACCUUUAGUCAGUGGCCCACGGUCACUAUUUUAACCACAUUCCUUCUUUCUCUUCUAUACUAUCACUUUGCUUUGGAUACAAUUUUGUACUUUGCAAAUCUGUAUCUGAUCAUUUCAAUGCUGUGAAUAAGAUGUCAUGAACCUGGCAGCACUAAGCCCAGACUCUGACCACCAGGAACAACUACACAGCUGUGAAGAAAAGAACCAAGCCAACGGGCUGGUGGAGAGGGGUGGGUGGGUACAGGGAAAAUGGAGAGCAGGUCCUGCUUGUGAAUGUGACAUUCAUGACCAAAGGUUCAUGACCUUUAAAGAUAACCAUGUCUCUAUCCUCUGCUGUAGGCUGAAUUACCACACAAGCUUUCUUGAUGGAAUAGAGGUCUUUGUGAUGCAGUCUGGUGGCCUGAUUCUGUUCUCUGUGACAUGCACAUGUCAAGGCUUGGCCCUGGGAGCUAUUAGGCACAUGGACUCUGAAUGUCCUAAGAGUAGGAUGGCUGGUCUCCUCAUGCUGAUGAGGUUCAGACCAUGCUGAGCACUAUGUGCUUUCUGUGGGACACUGAAUGUCCCUUGUAUGUCUAUUUCUGCUUCUUCAUCAUUGUCCUAAUUGUCUGGCAAGUGCGUCAGAAUUACCAAGGAUUGAAGUGCGAAAAUAGAAGAAGCUGCUGUCGGCGUCAUCAAAAAGUCAGGCAAAGGGCUAAAGAUGCAGCGUCAAGAGCCAGGAGACUUUCCCGAGAAGAAGAUGAGAAGCCAUGCGAGCUGCUCUCUAUCAUGAAAAGCCAAAGCUGGGUCCCCAAGCAGGGAAAUGUGCGGCAGCUCCUGUGUUUAGAUCCCAGCUGCCAAAUCUGUGAGGCUACGACUCUAGAGAUUCGGCAGUUGCUGCAGAGUAAGAAAAGCCAGAUCUCCCCUGCCUUGUUGGGACUGCCACAGAGAGCCGCUUGCCUGGAGAUGCCCAUAUCCAGUGAGUCUUUUGAAUGGAAUCAGGAUUUUUACUCCAGGUACUCCACAAACUCUCCAGUGGUGCCUGGAAACCAAACACUCACACAGCUAACAGAAGAGUUAACAGAGUCUACCAAUGCAGAUGGUGUCCUGCUUUGCUGGACUGAUCCCCUCCAGAUAGGACAGGAAUUUCAUCUGGCAGACAUGCCCAUGGCCUCUGAGACACUGGUUUCUCCAGGGCUUGAGGAGCCAGUGGUUUUAAUGAAUGAGGAAGACACAGUGCACAGCAAUUUAAACUAUAUCCAGCAGCUCCAAGACCAUGAGGCAUUGAACUCACAGAUUCCUUUUCAGACCCUGACCCCACAGCUUACUGUCACACAUCCUAUGGCUGUGUCGAUUGUCACCGAUGCCCCGCAGCCAUUCCUCAGUCCGGAAGUAUUAAGGCUUUUGGAGAUACAUGUGAAAAAACUGAUGCAUUUCCAAAGGUGGGGGCUCCCCAGACGUGUAGAGGAGUCCCUAAAGCAAUUCAUGCCAAACCCACCAGUGUAUCUCCCGCCAGAACAUAACCAACCAGUUUCAUUUAUCCUGAAUACUAGCUCUCAAGACUGUGUUCAUAGGUUUGAGGGUAUUUCGCCCGAGACCUGGUACUCAUAUAUGGAUGGACAACCUAUCCAGACCUUUUGGGUUUCUGAGUGGUCUAGUGGUGACCAAGGACAAAGACUAUCCUGCAAACCAAUCCCUAGCCCUGUGGAAAAGCCCUUACUCACUCCUGACUAUGAACUUUUACAUGACCUCUGUCUAUCGCCUGAGGGACAAGUUGAUGGCUCCCAGAGCAAUCUUCAGAAGAAAUUCACUCAGUUAUUCUGCGGUCUCCCUUCUAUGCAUAGUGAAUCCUUGGGGUCCACCUUCUUGUGCACUCAAGGUGUCUCCAAGAAUACACUCAAACCCCCCUACAAAGAGCCUCAUUUCUUGAAGGUGUCCCCACCUAUUCCCUUACCUGAGGCAGCCCCGCCCCCUUCUUCAACUUCUCCAAAUGAGUCUUUGGAUGAGCCUCAAAGAGCUCAGAUCGGUGGUGUUCCAUUUCUGACUCUGUCAGAAUGUAAAACUUUGGAGUGGCAUCUUCUACAAAGACAGCUUCAGCUUCAGUGGGGCCUGCCGGCUGUCAUCGCUAGACCUCCACGUGUGCAGAGCCACACGCAGUAUAAGCAUAAGCCAUGGAAUAAAGCCAAGCCACGUGAGACUUUAAAAUUUUUCGGGCCAGGAAAACCCUUCUCAGCUCUCACCAGAGAGCUUUUCUUCAUCCCUCAGCACGCUCGCAGGCUGCUGGAAUUCCACCUGCAGAAGCGGCUGAUUCACCUUCGCUGGGGGCUGCCCCAGAGGAUCCAGCGCUCCAUAAAUAUGCUGCUCUCCUCAACAGACCUGCAGUCCCUGCCCUGCGGUGGCAGUAGGCUACCUAAUGUGAGCAUCUCACAGCCAGGGAAACCAGAGGCCUAUGGGUCUGGUGAUACGUUCUUACCCACAGCGGGCAAAGGAACAACCCCCAUGCCACACUUGUUUGCCAAGGCACAGGAAAUGUUGAAAAGCCAUGAUACCAAAUGUGAACAGAUCCGGGAGGGCAAGGUCCCGGCCUGUGUCCAAAGCGCCUGGAAAGGCAGAAUUCCUGGGGAUUUGGCAGCAGGGACUUUAUUCCCAAACAUUCCACAAGGUCAGCCCCUGGAGCUUCAGGCAGAAAACAACCCUGACCUACAUCAAGAAGCUGUUUCCUGGAAACCAAUGGACCUUGACCAGGAGGCUCAGGCCUUUUCAGGUGUUUUCAUUGAACACUGUAGGCGACCCCAAGCCCUGUCUGAGGAAACCAUUAAGAAACUGGAGACAACUCUGAGACAUAAGUAUUUGGCCUUCCUGUCAGGCCUGCAGGCCCUUUACUGCAUGGCCCCAACUAAAGCAACAUCCCCAACUGUUGACCAAUCUGUAAUCACAACUAUGCCCUGGUCUGUCAAAAGCCCACAGAAGCCCCUAUCUCAGAAGUCUCCACUUGAAGCCCUAUGCCUGAGUGGGCUUGAGCCCUGUACUCAAGAUGACAAGGAGACUUCUGCAAACAUUGCAGAAGAGUUCCAGCAUGGAGCUCAGGGGCAUGGAAGGACAGAGAAGGUGCCUCCAGAGAGACAGCCUCUCCUGAAUAGACCCUACUCAUUAGACACAGAGAUCAUGGAGAGAGUGAGUUUCUACCUGAAAAGGAAGGCUCUGGAUAUAAAGUUGGGAAUUUCUCUAAAAGAGAGUGUGUUCCAAGAGCCAACUGCAACAGACUUGGAGAGUGAAUCUGUUCAGGAGCCUCUCGGGAGUCCACGGGAAAGCACACUGCUACAGGGACCGCCCACCUUAUGUCACGUUCCUGUAGCCCCAGAUCCAGAUAAGGUCUGCCUUAAACAGCCAGCUACUGCAGUGCAGGUUGUGUUUCAGGAGCAAAACCAACCGAGUUCCAGAGCAGUGCCCCAUAGAUCUGCCCGGCAGGGCUCACAAGUCCACAGGAAUAUGAUGGAGGCCCAAGUGCACUAUGUUCAGAUGGGGACCGGUGGGGAAAUGCUGAACCUAGGGGAACCCUUUAGCACUGAGUCCCAAAGCCCAGGCAAGAGUAAGUCAGGCUAUGUCCCUACAGUGGCAGGCAAGAGAAAAAUCCCAGGGAAACCCAAGGUCGUGGGGGACCUUGGAGAAGGGGACGCAGGUCUUGGAUUUUCCCUGGUCAGUCUAAAGACACGCCAGGAUGGAGAGCAGGAGAAGAGGCUCCUGCACAGACAACUCCAGGGCUCCUCACUACAGGCCCAAACCUUUCAUCUUGAGGGUGCCUGUCCACACAGCCCCCAGGAGUCCCCUGAGCUCCAGUUCGCAGAUCCACCUCCAGAAGUCUUCAUGGAGACAGACUCUGAGCAGGACAUGGAAGACAGUCAAAGCAAGGAAUCCAUUGUCCCAGAACCUGCGAGGACUGCUAAAGCCCCCCAGCCUAUGCUCUCCCGGGCUUCCCAGGGCCUUCCUUUCCCACGCUCACCAACUCAGAGAAAGCCUUCUCAGGGCCAACCUGGUCCAGGUCACGUCCCACCAGGGCAUGCAACGCCAGCCUCUCCCUACACGAGACCCAGCCGCCUUCCAGAGGCUGGCUUGAAAAAUAAAAUGAAAUUAUUUUUUCAUUCAAUUAAACUCAAGAUGAAGAGCAAAGCACACACGGAGCCAUCCACGGUCUCUACACCUGGAAAGGUGGCCAAAACCAGUAAAGAAAAUAUUGAUAGGGGUCUGCCUCAAGCCAAGAGCCCCACCAAGAAAACAAAGCCAGAGGACUUCAGAGGGCCCAAGGCCCAGUUUUCAGUAGUUGGCCCCUGUCUAACUCCUUCCUAUAUUCUAGACAGUAAGUUCUGGCCUCGACCUCGACGAGUUGGCUCUGUCUCAGUACUAGGCCACUCUUACCAUUGCCCUCGGCACUGUCCUAGGUUGGCUUAUGCCAAUCAACAGAGAAACCCACCCUAGGUCCCAGGGUUCACAUCAGAAAUGUUGUUCUGUUAAUGGACCCCCUCCUUUGUAUCCUUUAAAGAGAACGAUUAUUGUUAUUUUCUCUAAUGAACAGGUGGAUUAAGGAGCCACCCAUAAUAUAUUCUGUACCUGUAAACCAA